CGGACUACGAUUACACUUGGUCACAGUUUGGUGUUGUGUUUUAGCGUGUCAAGUUCUUGGCGUCGUUGCCGGCGACCUCUAGGUUAUUGUAGAAACGUGAAAGUCUGUUACUUUAGCGUUUUUCUUUUCUUUUCCACCCAUGCUUUUCAAUUGGGUGUUAUGUUUUUGUUGGUGCAGAUAUGAAACAUGGAUACUCAUGGCUUCACCAACCAUUGGGGGUAUCAACCACCAUCCGUGUGGUAUUACCCCGAGACUUCGUGGUGCAAUCAAGGAGGAGAAGACUAUGGAUUCGGAUGUCAUUACCAACCCCCCUACUAUGGAGAACAACCAAACCCUUGGGAACCUCAAGAAUAAUAUCCUUUUCAAGAAGAAUUCUUGCUACAACCAAAGGGGUUAUCUGAGUUGGAGUUAGCCAUGGAGGCCUUCACGUGCCACUCUGCAGAGCCAUACUACACUACACUGGCAGACCCGAACAAACAAUUGAGGCUUCGAAAUGAUGAGGGCAAAUGGGUCACUGAGGAAAGUGGGAAGGCUACUAUUGCUACCAACUUUUACCAAACACUGUUUACCUCGGAGUCCCGGGUUCCUAAUAUGACCGAUAAGGUGGCGAAUCUCCCCUUUUCCCAUAGUGUUACUCCGCAGAUGAAUGCUGUUGACGGCGGAAGUAUUGCCUGAUGAGGUUCGGAGAACGGUCUUUUCAAUGGGGUCGAAGUAGGCUAUGGGAUCUGAUGGCUUUACCGGAAAGUUCUUCAAAGCAUUCCGGGAUAUUGUGGGCACUUCGAUGAUUGAUGCAGUAUGUUCAUUCUUUACAACUAGUCGAAUGCUGUGGAGUUUUAACCAUACCUGGCUCACUUUGAUUCCUAAAGUGGAUUAUGUGGAAACAAUCUACCAGUUGCGUCCGAUCAGCCUAUGUCAGUUUGUUUAUAAAGUGAUAACCAAGAUCAUGGCUGGACGGCUUGCAGGUCUGCUCCCUCAGAUCGUUUCUGAGGGUCAGAAUGCGUUUAUAAGAGACCUGCAAAUUAUCGACAACAUCCUUCUCAGACAUGAGUUAAUGCAUUAUCUAAAAAUAAAGAAGCAGUGGAAGAAGGGGUACAUGGCUCUAAAGGUUGACAUGGAAAAAGCCUAUGAUAAAAUCGAAUGGCCCUUCCUUCUGACAGUUUUGGAUAAAAUGGGUUUUAACUCUGUCUGGCAAGGAUGGAUACAUGAAUGUCUUCGCUCCGCUUCAAUUUUGGUCCUGAUGAAUGGUACGCACUCGGGUUAUUUCACUUCCUCUCGGGGGCUCCGACAGGAGGAUCCAUUGUCGCCUUUCUUAUUUGUGCUAUGCACGGAGGGGUUUGUGCCUCUUCUUUGGAAAGCGAUCUCGGAAAAGAAGUUGGGGGGGGGGGGGGGUGAAAGUGUGAGAAUUUAAUUGAGGUGUUGAACGAAUAUGAGGAGUUGAGUGGUCAACGGGUUAAUCUGGAGAAAUCUGCAGUCUAUUUCAGCAAAAAUGUUGCCCUGCCAGAUCAAGAGUUCUUGGCCACGAUUCUAGGGGUCUGUGCAGUAGGGGUCCAUGACAAGUAUCUGGGGUUACCCACUUUGAUUGCCCGCUCCAAAAUGGCUACGUUUCGAUAUUUAGAGGAGAAAUUACUAGAGCGACUGCAGGGGUGGAAGCAAAGUACAUUGUCCUGCGCGGCAAAGGAGACAUUAAUUAAGUCAAUAGCUUUGGCCUUACCCAUGCAUGUUAUGUUGUGCUUCCGGUUGCCCCUCUCUCUUUGUCGACCUUUGGAUAGACAUGUGGCCCGGUUCUGGUGGGGUGCUAAGGAGGGCAAUCCCAAGGUUCGGUGGGUGUCCUGGCGCAAUCUGUGCAGGAGUAAACACGAUGGGGGGAUGGGAUUUCGCCGGUUUGAACAUUUUAACCAAGCGCUUUUAGCGGGUUGGAUCCGAUCCUUAAGCCUCGUUGUUUAAGGAGGUUCUUAAACCAUUUUUAUUGGCUGAUACUAGAUUAGGUAGUUAAUGAGGGGUUAGUAGUUAAUCGUUAGUUGGAAUAAAUAAGAUAUUAUGAA